AUGGACGAAACAACGACGAACCCGCGCGGGAUCCCGUCCUUCCCCUUCAUGACCAACGUGAGCGACUACGUCAAGUCGAUCGACGACGUCGAGCCCACGCUGCAGCGCUUCCAAGAGAUGGUGUCGAAAUACACAUUCAUGCAACAGAACGUGGAGCGGCGCGCAGCCGGCCUGAAAGAGAAACUGCCUGACAUGAAGCGGACGCUGGAAGUGGUCAAGUUUCUCAAGAAGAAGAGAAAGAAUGUUGGUUCUGGUGGCCACGAAGGAGACGAAGGAGACGAAGCAGAAGAAGAAGAAGAAGACGAAGAAGAAGGAGAAGGCUUAGCAGGAGGAGGAGUUUCUUCUGGUCAAAUCGAAACCACAUUCAGUCUGCAAGAUACUUUGUACGCAAAAGCCAAGAUCCGGCCCGCGUCCAUCGACGAGGUCUAUCUCUGGCUCGGGGCGAACGUCAUGGUCGCGUAUCCCCUCGACGAGGCGGAGGAGCUGUUGCAGACGAAACUGGAUAAAGCGAGGGAAAGCCUGGCCGCGGCCGAGGAGGAUUUGGAGUUUCUGAGGAUCCAGAUCACGACUCUCGAGGUCGCGAUUGCUAGGGUCCAUAAUUGGGAUGUUGGCGAGAAGCGGAAGUUGAGGGCUCAAGGGAAACUUAAGGACCAUGGGCCUGGUGAGAAGGAGAAGGAGAAGGAAUGA